CGUAUCUCCCUAUGCACCUAUUAAUGUGAGUUUGCGGCAACCCAGCCACGGACUCGCCACUUCCUUUGUUUACAGACUGAGAUAAUCCCGCCUUUUCCUGUGACGUUUCCGGCCAUGACUCAUAGCGGCUGCUGAUUGGCGGAGACUUUCCCUCUCCCUCAGCACUAAAGUUCCUGUAUCGGUGGCGCUUCCCUGUGUGUGUGGCCUGUGCCAGGGGGGCUUCUGGGUAUCUGGGGCUGAUUCCUGCCCUGAGUAUUAACUGCCCCAGGGGAGAGAGGAGCCCAAGGGCUGCUGGGAGUUACAGGAGCAGUCACUGAGCAGCUGGGAGUGGGGAGAGAUCCCCCAGCCUGAGGGGCAGGGCACCAUGGCGGAGAGACGGGGAGGAGGAGCCCAGCCUGAGGGGCAGGGCACCAUGGCGGAGAGACGGGGAGGAGGAGCCCGGCCUGAGGGGCAGGGCACCAUGGCGGAGAGACGGGGAGGAGGAGCCCGGCCGGAGGAGGAGGAGGGCCAUGACUUUGGGCAGGAGGCGACAGGCCUGUCCCUGAAUACGGAGGAGUCGGCGGGUUCUCUUUCUGUUUCCCGGGACGGCAGAACCGUGUCGCGCCCCCUAACAAACCCCCCGGAUACCCCCUAUCGCUGGUACGGGCAGACUGCCAGCCCCCGGAGCUUCCCCUCGGGGCGACAUUACUGGGACGUGGAGGGCAGCGAGUCGGGGUACUGGCGGGUAGGGGCGUCGUACCCCAACAUCGAGACGGCGGAGAAUGAGGAUUGGUUGGGGAAUAACUACAGAACCUGGGCCCUGUGCCGAUGGGCCCAUAAUAACUCCUACACCGCCAGGCAUGCUGGGAAAGAAACCAAGCUAAGCCACGCCCCUUCCUGCAGGAGAAUCAGGAUCUCAUUGGACUAUGAGGCCGGAUGCCUGUCCUUCUAUGAGCUGAGUGAGCCAAUCAGGCACUUACACACCUUCACUGCCAAAUUCACUGAGCCCCUUCAUGCUGCGUUUGCUGUGUGGGCGAGUAACGCCAGUGUGACAAUCAUUAGUUAGGGCGUUUGCCCAGUGUCGCAGCAGCCAUUUUUACUGUGGGCAGCGGCUGGGAGUACGAGGGGCGGAGCAGGACAACUGGAAGCCUUCACGUUUCACUUCAUCUCCAAAAACUUCCUUGGAUGACAUCACAUUGUGUCAUAAUGAGCCCCGCCCCCAAGCGUGAAAUUGCGGAUGUGUGACUUGUGGCAUAGACGGCACCGGUGGGCAAUAUUGUGGCGCAUUGUGUUAUUAUUCUCAUCGUAUAUAUAUUCCCAUCAAGGACGCAUAAGUACUGGCUUGUAUCACAGGGACGGGGGCAAAUCCCUCCUACCCCCCCCCCCCCCCGCCCUCUAGUAUGGGGUGCAGUGCAACUUGCUUAGCUUGGUUAUUCUCUUGUGAUUGGAAACAACCACAUUGUUCCUGUAUUGUAAAUAUGCAACUGAGAAAGCUCGUUAUAUAAUUGAGGCAAUUAAUGGGGUAGGUUUGUCCAUACCGAAGGGCAACUAAAAUUGUGUUUGAAGCAACGUUGUGCCUUACAAACAAUAAUAAAGGGUAACUAAUCAUUUGCAA